UUGAGGUGGCGGCUGGAGCAAAGUUAGGAGAAUCAGAGGGAGGGGGUGAAAUCUUGAGAGUUACCGUGAGAGAAAAUGACCGACACAGAAGCGCAAGGCGCUCCAUCGUCUGCGCCGGUGGAGGAUCAACCCAAACCGGAGAGAAAAGUGAUUGCUACUGGAGUCCAAGGCACCGUAAAAUGGUUCAAUGUGCGCAAUGGAUAUGGCUUUAUUAACAGAAACGAUACUAAAGAAGAUGUCUUUGUCCAUCAGACGGCAAUCAAGAAGAAUAACCCUAGGAAGUUCCUCCGCAGUGUGGGGGAUGGUGAGGUGGUGGAGUUUGAUGUUGUCGAAGCUGCCAAGGGUUCAGAGGCUGCUAAUGUGACUGGUCCAGGUGGCGUGCCUGUUAAAGGUAGCCGCUACGCCCCCAACAAACGCCGCUUCCGUCGACGAUUUUAUCCCCGAAACGUUCGCCGGGACGAAGGGAAACCCGGGGAGGGCCCCGCCGGGCCGUCGGAGGGAGAAGGGGGCGGCGACAGCGAUGCUCCACAACAAGGUCCUCGACGCCGGCGACCACGGCGACGGCCCAUCGUCCAACAAGGCGCGGUAAGGGUUCCAGGGGAAUCAGAGGACCAGAAGAAUGGGGUAAUGGAUGGUGAUCAGCAGAGGCUACCACCUCAGAGAUUCAGGCGUCGGUUCCGCCGACCGUUCCGCCCCCGUCCACCGCCGGCGGAUGGCCAGCAGACCGGUGCCCCGGUCGAAGGACAGACAGAGGGGCAGAAUGAACCCCCCAAAGAGGGUCAGGCCAACGGAGAGCAGGACAACGGGCAGUCCCAGAAACCCCGCCGACAGUUCAGCCGCCGCAGGCAGAGAAACUCUGAGUCCGCAGCCUCUAAAGAGGGAGCUGAUAAAACUGUAAAAGCGGAGCCUGCCUCCCCAGCUCAGACCUCCAAGGUGGCUGAUCUCAGGUCCUCCCCCAAAGCUUCUCCAAAACAGUCCCCGACGUCUUCCCCCAAAACGGCUGAGGCACCUGCUACUACAGCUGCCACACCCUCUGAGUGAUUUCCAUGACCUGGAAGGAAUCGCGUGACCCCGUCAAGAGGUUCCUGGGUUGGUAAACUGUGGGACUGGACCUCGCCUGUCUUGUCACACACACACACAAACUGUGCACACAACUCUCCCCUCCCCCAUGACCCCUGCUACACCCGCUCUACCCUGAUCUGCUCCCCCUCUUGACGACAUUUAUUUGAAAAAGGGGUGGAGGGAAGGAAGGGGAGAGAUAUUUGGGGAAGGGCUGCGGGUGAUGAGUAUAUUUAAACAUUAAAUCUUUAACGAGCAUUAUGAUGAUCUGCUGCUAAGGCCUGUUCUUUCCAUUGUCUCCCCCCGCCCCCCCUUGAUAAUUUAGUUCAGUUUAAAAAAAAAAAAAAAAAACGAAAGGGAUGAAGAGCAGCAGAGAAAUGACAGACCAGCCCUGUAUGAGUUCUACAUCUGGAAAAGCCACGACAAGGUGUGUAAGAGGAGUGUUCCCUGUAUCUCCACUUCUCCUUACCUCUAAUUAGACAUAUGUACCAAAAAAAAAAAAAAAAAGAAUGCUCCACUGUUUAGUAAUCAAGACCUGAGCUGGUUGAUUUCUGUUUAGUCUCAGUUAAUUUUUUUUUUUUUUUUUCCUUCCUCUUGUCUUUUUUUUUUUUUGUAUGUACAUUUUUCUUUGGAGGGGAAUCUGUGCAAUGUCAGUGAACUAAAAAUGCCUAUAAAAAAAAAUGUUUGCAAAACCA